AUGUCUGAUAAUAUCGAAAAUUACUUUUACCGUAACCGUCAUCAACCAAACCAGGAUUUGUACUUUAAAGAAUGGCUUCCAAGUGUAUAUUUACCUAGUAUCGAAGUUUUAAGGAAGGCUAACUUUAAUAUAGCAGAAGCUCGAUAUUGUCGGGAAUUUGAAGAAGGUAUAAAGUUAUGUAAUAGAAAUAGUUCAAGAAAUAAACGUAAGCUAAAGGAUAUUUUUUUAUUUCAAUUUGACGCUAUAUCUAAGGCCUCUGUUGUUGUCUGUACCCGGUAA